UCGCUAUUUUAUUUGGUAUAGCGAGUAAUGACUAUUAAAGAUCACGUAUUCACAUCCAAUCAAUACCCGACCUCCUCUAAUAUGACUCUUCGUCAUUAAGGAGUUGAAAAAGUUUCCACACUUUAUAAACCCUCAUUUCAUCACCUCCACAACUAUUUUUCACACCUAUUAACAAUGGCAACAAGGUGCGAAAUCUUCUGCGAAAUCUUAAUCGCUAUUUUACUCCCUCCUCUUGGUGUCUGCUUACGCCAUGGUUGCUGCACUUGUGAAUUCUUGAUAUGCUUGCUGUUGACGAUGCUAGGGUACAUUCCUGGAAUGAUUUAUGCUAUCUAUGCAAUUGUCGUGGUCGAUCGCGAUCGAUGGUAUCGAGAUGGCUGUUACUAUUAUCGGCUUUCAUAGUAUAUCAAUUGUUGAUUGUAAAUUCCGAAUCUCCCUUAUCCAGAUCUGGUUUUUGAUUAUUGAAUUGUAUAUUUAUUGAAAGGAGAUUAUUGAAUUGUAAUCUACUGUUUACACGGUUUCGAAUAAAUUGAUAAUUGUUUUGAUUUUUUGGUGGAA